AUGUCUUUUAAUAGUUCUGAUGCUGCCAAAGACUAUUACAAUUCAUAUGCCCGUCAUACAGGUUUCUCUAUAAGAAUCGACACAUCCCAUGAGUCGAAAAAGGCCAAUGAAAAGACAAAGUAUAUCUAUGUUUGUCAGAAGGCUGGGGUCAACAAAAAAGAGAAGGUUGCUGAUGAUGGGCCAAUAACUGAAAAAAAGAUUGUGAGGCAAAGGCGCAGGGAUUAUGUAGAUAGGACGCACUGCCCAGCUCGCAUGAUUGUGAGGAAGACAUCCCCUGGACACUGGGAGGUUGUGAACUUUGAAAGGGAGCACAACCAUGAGCGUUUAAGAAAAUUCUCGCUCACAAAAUACUUGAAGUCCCACAGAGACAUACCAGCUGAAGAGAAAGAGUUCAUCAAGUUGCUCCAUGGAUGCUGCAUCACGACAACUCGUGCUUACCAGAUAAUGGCUGAGUUGUAUGGAGGUAUUGAAAACUGUCCAUACACCGAAGGUGAUGCUAAAAAUUUGCGUGUUGAGUACCGCGCUAAAUAUAGAGGUAAAGAUGUGAAGGCGAUGAAAGCAAUGGGCGGCAAGGAUCCUGCAAAUAUAAUAAUUGAUCAAGAUAUUGCGAUGAAGGCUGCUAUCGCAGAGGUAUUUGUCAGUUCAGUUCAUAGGAAUUGCCGUUGGCACAUUAUGGAAAAUGCUAGGAAGACAAUGGGUCCUUUCUUGGAUAGCAAGGGGGAUGGUAAGCAAGAGUUGGCGGAUGACUUCAAGGAUUGUAUUGACAAUAGCUUCACGCCGGCAGAGUUUGAGCAGAAGUGGCAGGCUUUUCUGGAUAAAUAUGAGCUCAACAAUGAUGAGAGGUUCCAACAUUUGUAUGACAUGAGACAUUGUUGGAUCCCUGCGUAUUUCAUGCAUUGUUUCUUCCCCUUCCUCCAAACAACAACACGGAGUGAAGGCUUCAAUGCUGUCCUGAAGCGCUAUGUCAACCCAAAGAACUCGAUACUCAACUUUGUGCAGCAAUAUAAAAAGAUACAACAAAGGAUUUUCAGCAAGCAAGAUUUUCAAGAGGCGGCCACAGCCACGAAGGUCCCACGCUACUUGAUGGGGCACCCUAUGGAGCAUCAGAUGAAGAAAGCGUAUACAAGGAGGUUAUUCAAUGUGUUUCAACACGAGCUGCAGCUAAGUUCGAGCUACUAUGAUGUUCGUGUUGAAGAGGAUGACUUGAUAGAUGUUGUUCCGUACAGGCGUUGCCCCGAUCUGUUGUAUGGGACACGGACAUUCAGGGUCAUGUCGUCCAGGUCCGCGAGGUGCCUGAUCGGUACAUUCUCCCUCGAUGGUCAGUUGAGCCAGUGGUUGAUAGUGGGGUGGAAGUUGACGCUAACGAGCCUCUUCAAGAAGCCCAGAUUACAGACCAUGGGAAGCAUGUUAUACGUUACAGCAGGAUGUGCACAAACUUUAAUAAGAUUGUGA